AGUGGCAGGAACACGUACUUUGAAGUAACUUUGCUUGUGUCAGGAAGUGGUGUGUUCUUAUCAAUUGGUGUUAAAAAAAGUCGAGCAGACAAUGAAUCAAGCGCCAGUGUCGUGUAUUCCCAACACCAAAAUGUCGAAGGCGCGUAAAGUCAUCGACGAAGCGAAGGAAAUCCAGAAUCCUGAGCUGGAUUUGGCCGAUAAAGGGAUAGCACACUUCGAGGAGAUGCCUGGGCUGUUUAAUAUGGUAAACAUCACGAGACUGACUCUCAGCCAUAAUAAAAUUCAAGCUGUACCCCCAGGCUUAGCAAAUAUGGUUAAUCUGGAAAUCCUAAAUUUAUUCAACAAUCAAAUUGAGGAAUUGCCAACAUCCUUAUCGUCAAUGCCAAAACUUAGAAUUUUGAAUGUGGGAAUGAAUCGUCUGGAUUCACUACCACGCGGGUUUGGUGCAUUUCCAGUGUUGGAAGUUCUGGACCUCACAUACAACAAUCUCAAUGAAACUGUCCUGCCUGGGAAUUUCUUCAAGCUUGAAACUCUUCGUGCUCUGUACCUGGGUGACAAUGACUUUGAAACUCUAUCACCUGAGAUAGGACAGCUAAAGAAUUUACAAAUUCUGGUGCUGCGUGAGAACGACCUGGUGUCGCUGCCGAAGGAGAUAGGGGAGCUACACCGGCUGCGUGAGCUGCACAUCCAGGGCAACCGGCUGACUGUGCUGCCGCCGGAGCUUGGUCAGUUGGAUCUCAUCAGCAAUAAAUCGGUCCUGAAGAUGGAGAACAACCCAUGGGUCGCACCGAUCGCAGACCAGCUGCAAGUCGGAGUCUCGCACGUCGUUGACUACAUACGAUCUGACACUUACAAGUUUGUUUACAAUCGACACAUGCAGACGGAGACUCCACCACCACCACGGACAAACGACAAGAGGAUGAAAAUCUCAAGACGCCAACAGAGUUAAUCUCAGAAACUAUUUUGGAAAUUAGCUACUGAAAUAUGUAGCCAGUGUCACAAAUGAUGGACUAAUGCUGUGUUUGUAGAUUAAUGGAGUUACAGUCAUUUAAGGAUUUCCCAAGUUGCUUCUGCAAAACUUUACGUGUUUUUAACAGUGAGUGCUAACCAGAAUAUAAAUAAAAUACUGCAAUAUUAGAACAACACCUCUGUAUGAAAAGUCUAGAACUUAAAAGCACUCUAUUGUUGAAAAAUUGAACAGGUAAUGAAAAAUUUACAGAUGUAGAUCAAACAUUAUUUUUUGACAUAGUUGCCUUGAUUGUUAACUUUCUGAAACUUUAGACAAAAAGGUCUCCUUUGGACUCUUUGGCUCAUAGUUUGUGGCACACUGGGCCUUGUCACUGAUAGAAAAAUAUUUUCAGUCCAUAAACAACUUCAUAGAGGUGCCAGAUCAGGGCUGUGGCUGUGAUGGUUGAUGAUGCCCCAAUCAAAUGAACCCAAAGAUUACUCUGCGACACUGGCUGUGUGGGGAUGUGGAUUGUCCUGCAACAAGCACACUCUCUUUGUUAACACUCCCCUUCUUUUGCUCUGUAUCAGCUUCCUUCAUUUUUAAGGAUUUUUCAGUAUCACACAGCAUUAAUUGUUUUUCCUGGUGUAAAAAUUUGAGGAGGAGAAUCUAUUUAUGGUCCCACAAGACAGAGGCCAUGUUUUUUUCUCUUUUUGGCUGCAACAACAGUUUUGAAUUUUUUUUCUGUUUGUGAGGAGGGAAGUCAUUACUGCAUGAAAGUGCUUGACAGAUUCCCGUGAAGAUUGUGUUGAUCUAGGAGCUUUCUUCCCCCCCCCCCCCCCCCCCCCUCCCCCCCCCCCUGCCUCCUCCAUUAACCACCUUGCAAACAAAGUGAUUCAAUAAUUAUUGUAUGCAGAAAAGACCUGGAUAUUUCAGUAAAGAUUGCAUUCAUAUUGUCCAAAGUCAAUUGAUGGUCACCAUCAGUCAUUUCUUGGAGACUGUUCACCCUCUCACCAGUAAAAUUGAGGACCACAAACACAUUGUAAACUUUUGGUCUCCACCUUCAAACUUAUGACACCACUUGCAUACGUUAUAACAAUGAAAACUCAUCCACAUUAGUAUGAUGUGCCUCACUAUCCUUAUAAACUAUUUCCAUUUCAUAAAAAUCUAGAACAUCGCAUUUUCCUCAGAAAGGAGAAACCAUAUUACACUCCUCCCCUCAAAGCUUGCAGCUGGCACUACACAACGUAUUUUCAACUUACUGUGAGAAACAAGUGUCUGUUCUAUUGCCAAGACUGAGUCCUUGAAUGCAGUGCUGCCACCUUUGUCAGAAAAAAAUCCCUUUGAAUGCCACAGGCUCAGUGGUCUAACUUUCUGGAUUUGCCUUGUAUUACUUGUCUAUGUAUCAGCACUGAGAUUGAAGGAUUUAUUGUAUCUCAGAGACAGCAGCUAGCCCUUUGCAGCAUCUUGAAGCUCUCCAUCAAAGUCAAAACACUGAGACCCAAGCUGAACUGUGAGAAACAUGUACAAAGUUGUCUGCCAUGGGAGGUGUUGUGAAACACCAGUUUUCACAAGUUUCCUCUUCUUAGUUUAUCAAUUCAUUGCAUCGGGCUGCCUAUUCUGUCAUUGUCAUAAGAAUUUGUCCUCCACUCUUUAUGGGCAACUCCACUGACCCCACAGUGCCUUUGUUCAUAAGGUUGGUCCAUAUAUAGCUCAAAGUUCAUGAUGAACAUCCAUGGCUUCUUAAAUUCUAAAACUGUUUUCAGAACAGGUUUCACAAUUGGUGGGAUUUUUUAUUACAACGUUCAUUUUGAACAGACAGUGUAGGCAAUCGAGGAGCAGUAUGGCUGUCUCACUGUUGCAGCUCUACUGUGCGAGUCAGCGUAGCAACACUACUUUCCUUCCUACGUGAAACCUGAGGUUACUUUCCAUUCAGUCUUCAGAGUUAACCCACAAUAAAAUAUAGAUACAGUGAAUACCAUUUUCCCCCUUCAGUUAUUCCACAACAGUGUGGCAGUGUUUGGCCAAACUAUUUGAAGUCAGAUUUGAUUCAUCUGUUAGAUGUCCCUCACAUAUGCAAGACCUUUGAUCCAGUGAUUUCACUUUGCGGGGAGGUUGACAUAAUUUUUGUGGAAAAGUCUCAGUGCCUAUAAAGGUUGCCUUAAUACUGCUGUGAUGCAUGGUGUGUUACUGAGUUGAGUUUUUGUAAUUCUGCUUGUAAGCUUUGUGAGAUAAUUCAUUCAUCUGUACAUGCCUAAACUACUUCAGCAAAUAGUGCUGAGUAUUUUUUUUUUUAAUAUUUGGAAACUGUCAGCCACUUACAUGUCUUUUCAGCCUCUUUUUUCUGCAGAUGCAGGUAUAGAAGUUGUGUAGGUUGAUUACCAUCUUUUGCAACUGUAAUGAGAGCCUCAUUAAGACCAAACACUUUUUGCUUUACUACAAAGUAUCUUAAGUGAUCAGCUUUUUUGUUGUUUCGCUUCAUUCUUCCAUCUCUCUCUCUCCCUCUCUCUCUCUCUCUCUCUCUCUCUCUCUCUCUCUCUCUCUCUCAAUCUGUGUGUGUGUGUGUGUGUGUUAGUGUUAGAUUUUAGCACACAUCACUUCUUUUACUGCACAAAGUAUAUUCACAUUUCUGUAUUGUGAACACUGCUGGCAAGAAAACCACUACACAACUGUGAAGGGAGUCAGCCAGUGCUGGCUGUGGGGCUGAUGGCGAAUGCUGAGGGUGAGCCUGUUCUCUGUAGUGGCUGGCAAACUUCACACACACACACACACACACACACACACACACACACACACACACACACACACACACACACACAGUGUACUGUAUAAAUGUUUUCCUGCCCUGCUGUAGAGAUGUAACACACCACUACCAGCUCUGCUCCACCUUACAAGCAAAAGUUCCAGAAUGAAUGAGAUCACAACCCUUCCAUCAUGUGACCCCAAUCUCUGAACUGUAAAAACUUAUGCCUGCUUAAUUUUGGAGAUGUGACAGCACUACCUGCUCUGCCACACCUUAUGAUCAACAAUACCAUAACGAGUGAGGUCGCAGCCCUGCCAUCGCGUGACUCCACUCUCUGAAUGCUGCAGAGUAGGCUGAACGUUAUUUGCGUGGAUUUUUUCUGAGUAAUGAGCCAACUCAGCACUUCCUGGAGAAUGUAAUAUUCAAAUUUGUGCUAUAUCACGAAAUGGCAACCCCAUAACUUCCACAUGACACCUGUUGUGUAAAAUUUACGGGCAGGCCAACCUUAGCACUCGCUAUCAUUGCCACGGCAACCGCUGCUGGACUCCCAUCGUAUCUGGGCUGUGGUUUUUUUGCCGGAGAGGUUCACAAUGCAGAAACGUGAAUAUACAGUGUGAGUCAAACUAAUGUGAAUACUAUUUGAGAGAAACCAUUUACUCAGAGAUUUCAUUAUACAGGGCCUCAGCCUGACCACAAGAACGGUUAAUGCACUCAAACCGACGUUCAGCUUUGUAAUUUAGUGUCAGAACAUGUAUUUCUGUGAAAGUGUUGGAUAUCACACCUUUUAUUCUGUCCUUCAGUUCUUCGAUGUCUCUCACUUUUGUACUAUACACGCACUCCUUUAGCUGUCGCCAUAACAAGAAAUGCGGGAUGUGAUAUCCGGGUAUUGGGGAGGGCGUAACAACAGUCUGUCGUGACCAAUCCAACAGUAUGGGAACGUAUGAUCAAGAUAAAGAACAGAAUGAGCAAAAUGUGGUGGUGCACUAUCGGUCGGAUAUACGCUUCUCAUCUUAGUUGUAGGCAGUGCAUUAUCAAUGGCAAACUCUUUCAGCAUUUGCAGUUAGUCAUGUGCAUUCACCAUUAUGGCUGUAAAGAAAAA